AAACAUGGCCCACCUCAGUUUCUCACUCCAUCUGAUCAUCUUUCUCCUCAUCCGUCCAUCAUCAGCCCGUGUGAUCCCAAUGGCCAGUGCUGAUCUAAUCAACAAGGUCUGCCAAUCUAACCUGAAUCCACCCGCCUGUGUCCAGCUAUUCAACUCGGUCCCCGAAACAAAGACCGCUGAUCUUGCAGGCCUUGGUCGGAUCUCCCUCAAUCUGGCCCAGCAUCUCGUAUCUGAGACGUUGGAUUACAUCUCCUACCUAGAUGGCAAAACCACCGAUCAACGGCUGCACGACAUUUUCAAAACGUGUAACAAGUGGUACGAUUUUGCCAAGACAGCCGUCGAUACUGCAAUGAAGGACUUGAACGAUGGGGCCUACACGCCGAUGAACGAGAACUCGUGGGGCGCUGGAGAAGCGGCUUUAACGUGUGAGGAAGAGUUCGAAAAUGCUCCUAGCCGUCCAUCACCGCUGUCGGACAGGAAUGACUUGAUGUACCGACUGGGUCAGAUGGCCACUGCCAUUUCUAAUAUGCUGCAGGAUCCAACGCCACCUGCUGAAUGAUCAUGGCCCACCUAUUAUCGUCAUCUUCUGAUAUAUUUCACAAGCUUCGUUUAUGUAAUGAGAUGCAUAUAAGUAUGUUUUGUGAUCUGUGGCUGACGUUUCAUGGGCACGUCAAAAUUUAUAUUAUAAUAUCCCUUGUAAUAAGGGAAGGUACCAUGAAAUCUAUUAAAUCAAGGAAAAAAGAAAUAUGGUUUUG